AUGUUUAUCAUUGUGUUAACCGCCGAACGUUGCGAACCGGAGCUCUGGGUCGAUAUUGGAGAGGUUCAACCGUCUGGGCUCGGAUGGAAUGGGACGGGAGUGCUGGUGAUGGCGGGGAAGCCUCCCAUUUGCGGGAGAAAGAUGCGAAGACGCACCGCUUACGGAUAUUCUCAAAGCAGCAGAGCAACGCGUGUGACGAGCUGCCGUCAAGGUGAUGAUGGCUACAAAGAUGUUGAUAUGCCAAGCUGCAACUGCUAUGAGCAAGUCGGUGUCAAGUCGGUGACAACAGAAAGGCGGACAGAUUUGAAGAUUGAGCAGCGAAUCAAAUGUCUUGUGAGCAAAGUGGGCAAAAUUGACGCUCACCAAUCACGGACGGCAGAGCACCGGGUUGCAUUGCUGGGCGGACAGGGUUCAGGAACCACGACCCUCAGUGCCGUUGGCGUUGCUUUCUGCCCCUCACUUUUGCGGUCGAGUGCCUGUGUUCAUGGGUCGCUGGGGAUGCCCAGACGUUGA